AUGGAUUUACUCCACUUUGUUCAAGUAAAAUAUUUAUAUAAAAAAUUUAAAGACCAAUUUUAUGAUAGAUUAUUGGGUUGUAUAUAUGGUUCAGUUUUAGGUGAUGCUUAUGGUUUAGCAACUGAAUUAUUAAAUAAAGAACAAAUUAUAAAAAUAUAUGGUAGUAAUCCAAUUCCAUUUCCAUCAAAUAUAAGAACAUCACAUUCAUGUAGAUGGUUAAGAGGAGAUUGGACAGAUGAAAGUGAUCAAAUGAUAUUAGUUAUGGAUUCAAUUAUUGAGAGUGGUGGUAAAAUUGAUGAAGUAAACUUUGCAAAGAAAUUACAAAAAUGGGUAACAAGUGGAUUUCCAGAAUUGGGAGAUCAAGCAGGUAUCGGUUCAAGUUUUAGCUCAAUUGCAUUACAAUCACAAUUUACAAGCAAUCCAUUCUAUGUAAGUGAGAAGAACUGGGUCACAAGUGGUAGACGUUCAGCAACCAACGGUUCAUUACCACGAGCACCCAUUUUAGGUUGUAUUCAAUAUGAUAAAUUAGCAAAUGUAAUUAGUAACUCAACAGCACUUUGUAAAGUUACUCAUUUUGAUCAACGUUGUAUCAUCUCUUCAAAUGUUUUAGCAAUUACAGUGGCAAUGUUAUUAAAUAAUGCUGCAACUAAAAAAGCAUUACUAUCAAGUACUGAAAGAAAAAAUGAUGAAGUUGAUCAUGUAAUUGAAGAAGUUGCAAAAGGUGCUUGUAGCAUGUUAUCUGGUUCAAUUCAAGAAAGAGUUGAAUUUGAAGAAAUCAUUUAUAAUACUUCUUUGGAAUCUUUAAAUUUAUCAUAUUCUGAUUCAUUAUCUUAUGUUUUCAAAGGUUUAGGUGCUGGUUUUUGGGGUUUAAGAUCAAAUUAUUCUUUUAAAGAUACUUUAAAUUUAAUUGUUAGAGAAGGUGAAUGGUUAGAUCAAAAAGUUGUUAAAUUUGUUGAGAUAGUUAGAAGAAGUAAAAAAGAUUAA